UAAAACCCACUUCAACAUUUCGAAAAUCAUCAUAGAACUAAGAAGAAGAAAAUGAAUAUGGUUUGCUCCAUCAUCGUCACCAUCAUAGCAUCCUCCCUACUCCUUUUCUUUAUCGUUUUCCUCUAUCUCCUCCUCAGAAUCUUCACAGGAAAAUCCAUAACCAGCCCAGACUACCCGCCCGUAAACGGCACCGUAUUCAGUCAGUUGUUCUACUUCAACAGACUCUACGACUACCAAACCCAGAUCGCCAAGAAACAGCCAACUUACAGACUACUAACCCCGACACAUAGCGAAAUUUACACGGCCGAUAUUCGGAAUAUAGAGCACGUACUGAAAUCAAGGUUUGAGAAAUACUCGAAGGGUAUAAGUAAUCUAGAUGUUGUAAGUGAUCUUCUCGGAGAAGGAAUCUUUGCCGCUGAUGGCGAAAAGUGGAAACAGCAAAGGAAGCUGGCAAGCUUUGAGUUCUCUACAAGAGUUGUCAGGGAUUAUAGUUGUUCUGUGUUUCGAAGUAAUGCUGCUGAGCUUGUUAGAACAAUUAUGGAGUUUGCUGUUGCUGGCCGGGACUUUGAUGCGCAGGACAUACUGAUGAGAUUCACUCUGAAUUCAAUUUUCAAAGUUGGAUUUGGGGUGGAAUUGAAUUGCAUGGAUGGAUCAAGCGAAGAUGGGAUUGAAUUUAUGAAAGCUUUUGAUGAUUCAAAUGCCUUGGUGUACUGGCGGUAUGUUGAUCCAUUCUGGAGGCUCAAAAGAUUUAUGAAUAUUGGCUUCGAAGCCACACUUAAGAAAAAAAUCAAAGUGUUGGAUGAUUUUCUGUAUAAACUCAUAACCUACAAAAGAAAAUUGCUUGCACUUCGAGGAGACCAUCUGGUCAAGGAAGACAUACUUUCAAGAUUUCUGAUAGAGAGUGAGAAGAAUCCAAAGAUAAUCAAUGAUAAAUAUCUAAGGGAUAUCAUUUUGAAUUUUAUGUUUGCGGGUAAAGACACUAGUGCUGGCACUCUAUCUUGGUUCUUCUACCUUCUUUGCAAGAACCCUUUGGUUCAAGAAAAAAUUGCUCAAGAAGUAGAAAGAAUUGGUGGAAACAAAGAAGAUGAGACUGAUAUUGAUGAUUUUGUGGGAAGUAUAACUGAUCAAACUUUGGAGCAAAUGCAUUAUCUUCAUGCAGCUUUGACAGAGACCUUGAGGCUAUACCCUGCAGUUCCUGUGGAUGGGAGAUCUGCCAAGGUAGAUGAUAUUCUUCCAGAUGGCUAUAGAUUGAAGAAAGGAGAUGGGGUAUAUUACACGGCCUAUGCAAUGGGCAGGAUGCCUUAUAUUUGGGGAGAAGACGCAGUGGAAUUUCGGCCUGAGAGAUGGCUCAACAAUGGAAUUUUCCAACCUGAAUCGCCAUUCAAAUUUGUAAGCUUUCACGCUGGUCCUCGAAUCUGUCUUGGAAAAGAUUUUGCCUAUCGACAGAUGAAGAUUGUAUCCAUGGCUCUUAUUCGCUUUUUUCGCUUUAAACUGGCUGAUGAAGAUCGAAGAGUCACUUACAAGACCAUGUUUACACUUCAUAUUAAUGGAGGCCUCAAUCUAUGUGCAUUUCCAAGAAGAAACACAUGAACAUCAAUGUGUGUGUAUAGUUUACAUGCGUGUUGAUGUAAAAGUGAGUUCAAAUUGAGAGUAGAAUGAAAGAAAACAUUAAAAAAAAAAAAAGAACAAGCAAGAAAAACAACUUGCCAAAAGAGAAGAA